UGGAAAAGGAAGACUCAAGAGGCCUCACCUGCUUUGAGCCACUGCCAGGUGUCCUAAAUCUGGGGCUGCAAGCACGUCACUCAAAUUACCCUGUCUUAGUCACUGGCAGCCUCUCUGCCUGCUGGGCCAAAUACCCUCAGGGCCUCCUGAGUUGUUUCAUUCACUCACCUGCAUACAACUUGCACAAUCUGCCCAGCCUUGGUCUUCUGCUUCUCCACAGCUAACACAGCCCUAGAAAAAGCAAGCUUCUUUAUAAAAGUGACUUACAGCAAACACUUUUGGAAGUGAUUCUUACACUUUUAUAGUACUCCUAAAAUAAUAUGAUAGACCUUCAAAAUUCACGUAUAUUAUUUUUUUUAAAAAUACAUGGAUUCUUCUCUUGUUUUGUUUUGUUUUUGUUUUUGUUUUUGUUUUCAGAAAGGCAGAGUGACAGAGAGCAAGAGUGAGAAAGAGAUCUUCUGUCCUCUGGUUCACUCCCCAAAUGGCUGCAAUGGCCAGGUCUGGGCCAGACCAAAGCCAGGAGCCUAAAAUGCCAUCUGAGUCUCCCAUGUGGAUGGCAGGGGCCCAAGCAUUUGGACCAUCUCUGCUGUUUUCCCAGGUGCAUUAGUAGGAGCUGGAUCAGAAACAGAGCAACUGGGACUUGAACUGGCAUUCCAGGAAUGGGAUGUUGGCACCACAGUGACAUAGGGAGUGGCUUACCUGCUGUGCCACAACAGUGGUCUCUUAGAUUUUUUUUUAUUUCAAAAAAAAAAAAAAAAAAGCUUUGCACCUGAAUGAACAUCUUUAAUUCCAUUUUCCAUGAACAUUUUGAAGUUCCUUCUUAGUAUGAAGUAACAAAUUUGCUUCAAGGAACCACUUAACCAAAGGUGAAGAACCCAGGAGAGGGCUGUGGAUUUUUCAGUUUCCUCUUCUGAGCCAUCUUCCCAUUGAAAGAAACCCUGGCUGCCAGAGCAGUCAGUCACACUUGGGACCAUGAUGCCUAAGCACUGCUUCCUGGGCCUCCUCAUCCAUUUCUUCCUGACUGGUAUAGGAGGAUCUCAGCCAGUCCAUGGAUCUCUGAAGCCUCAGAAGGUACAAUUUAAGUCCAAAAAUUUCCACAAUGUUUUGCACUGGCAGCCUGGGAGGAUGUGUGUUGGCAACAGCAAUGUCUAUUUCGUGCAACACAAAAUGUAUGGACAGAGUGAAUGGAAAGACAAACAGGACUGCUGGGGCAUCCGAGAACUCUUCUGUGACCUGACCAAUGAGACUUCGCAUCUACAGGAGCCUUAUUACGGGAGAGUGCAGGCAGCCUGCCCUGGGAGCCACUCAGACUGGGGCAUGUCACAGCGCUUCACGCCCUUGUGGGAAACAAAAAUUGAUCCUCCAGUGGUGAAUAUAACCCAAGCUAAUGGAUCUGCACUGGUUAUUCUCCAAGCUCCGGAUUUCCCAUAUAGAGCCCAAACAGGAAGAAAUGUAUCAGUGGAAAAUUACUAUGAAUUAGUAUAUCGUGUUUUUAUAAUUAACAGUUCACUGAAAAAGGAACGAAAGAUUUAUGAAGGGGCUCAAAGAGUCGUUGAAAUCUCAGAUGUCCCGCUGCACUCUGGUUACUGUGUAGUGGCUGAAAUCUAUCAGCCCAUGUUAAACAGAAAAAGUCAGAGAAGUGGAGAGAGAUGUGUGGGCGUUUUGUGAAGUGUGGAGCGCUCUGCCACGUGCGAAUCACCAGCUCUCUGAAAACCGCACUGCUUGUGUUCAAAGGAUCUUAGGCUAUUCUUACCUUUUCUUAAAGCAGUAUUCACUAUUUUGCUUGAGGGCCUUCUGUGUUUAUCCAUUUUUUUUUUAAUAUUUCAUUUGAACAAUGCGCCGACAGGGUUCUAUGACAUACAGAUUUUCAUUUGUGAAUGUAACAUCCCUAAAAGCAAUCUCCAUUCUUCUAAGAUAACCAACUAAAAAUUUCAGAACCAAGGAAUAGUUGGCAUUAAUAAAAUGUUAAAAAAUAUUUUUAAAAAGUACCAUGAGAGACUACCGUAGUCUUAAGCCAAAUAUUUUCCAUGCAUUUCUAUUUACAAAUACAUUUUUAUAUCUAUAGUGAAAUAUUUCCACUUAAUGCACCAAAAUUUUGAUUUAAAUUCUGUUGUAUGCAAAUAAGUACACUAUGUGAAAAAAAUUUUCUUAUGAUCUCUGGAUUAAUAUCUAGAUUAAGAUUAUCAACAACCACAUGUAACUAUCAAAGGAAACCUAUCCAAAAUAAUUUCCCUUCAUUUCAUUGUUUUUGGUUUUGUCUUGCUUUUAAUGUUGUCUUAGAAGAAUUCCUUUAUAUUCUCAAAAUUGAGUAUAAUGUUUUUCAGCAACAAAAAAGCCAUCACUCCAAGUCCGUGGCACAAAUAUUAUUCAAACAUCUUGGCAAAGGAUCUCUCGCAGGUAGCACCCUCAUAAUCUCCUUAUAGGAAAGGGACCACAGAGUAUGGGUACUUUGGGAGGUUUCUUGGCUCCUCAAAGCUCUCUGGAUGACUUCUGUCUCUUAUCAAUAAAGACUGGUGUCCCAAGGCUCAGUGUCAUCAACAGAGAGCUGCCUUCUUCACUCAGGCUUAGUCCAUAGAUGUUUACUGUUGUCUUUCUCAGGAGGACAUAACUAUGGGAUAACAUUUGUGGUGUGCAAUUUAUCAUGAAAAUCACUCCAAAAUAUGAGAACAAUAUAGUUUUAUGUCUGGUUAUAUCUACUUGUAUUAAUAAAUGGAUUAAAAAUUAUCCAGAAAUGUAUGAGGAAACAGAAUAAGGGACAGAACAAGAAGUAGAGAAUUGCUUUCCUGUAUGGUCAGAAAACCUUGAUUUGGAUGUAAACCUAGAGAGUGAAAAAAAAUUAGCACUUAUCUUGGUUUUGAAUUACUGUCAUUUUUAAUUUUUAUUUUUGCUCAUUCCUUUUUUGUCUUUAGUCCUUUUAGGGGUAAGAGGGUGAAUUAAGAGCACUGAUCAGGGGAGGGGAGGGAUUAGAUGUGGCCAACAUUUAAGUAUAUGAAAUUCAGUAUGAAGUCUGAUUUUUUUAGUGUAGUUGUUUCAUAAUCAUUAUUAGUAUCAUGUUUUAUUUUGUGUGAUUUUGGGGGUUUUUCUCUUAUGCUUGGGCAAAUGUAGGCAUGCUCACCUAAUGAAAUACUUUGAGAAAAAUUAUAAUUGCCACAUUCUUGAUUGUGUUAUAAAAUAUUGUCAUACAUUUCAAUAAACCCUUUAAGGUUUUUGCUUUGCAUUCUGAAAUUCUUGUUAUUUGGACUUUCAAAAGAAGAUGACAGUGUUUAAGUCUGUCAGGUGAAAUCAGGAUCAGCCUGGCCCUUUGCAAACUCCAGUCAGGAAGAGACAGACAGCAUUGAGCAGGACAUCAGACUCCUUGAGUGUGUCCUAGAGCUGAAUGCAGUUCCACCCUCAAAACUGCCUAGGCCUGAAGCAUUGGGGCUGUAAUUGGCUCCUCCCCUCCUCUCACAUCCUAUAGCCAAUCCAUCAAUCAAUUCUAUAGGUUCUACCUCCAGAACACAGCCCCUCUCACAACUGCCUUAUCCUAGGAUGCUAUCAUUUCUUAUCUGGGGGUGCCUCCAGUCACCUCUCUGGGCUCCAUCUUGGCUACCUCCCUCUGGUCUACAUUCAACAUGGUAGCCAGGGUGGGCCUUGAAGCAUGAAUGAGAUCUUGUCACUCUUCUACUCUAAGACCACCAAGGGCUUCCCACUCCAUAAGUGUAAAAACCCAAAAUCCUCAUAAUGAACUCCGAGACUCUGUGUGACCUGAUUGUUCUUAUCAUUUCCCAGAUCUCAUUUCCUAAUUCCCACCUGGCUCACUCUGUUCCAGUGUACGGACUCCAUGACUUGCCCUCAGAUCCAAAUGCCCUGCCCUCUAGUCCUUUGUACCAGCCAUUUCCUAUGAGGCAGAAUCCAUAUCCAUGGGUUCACUCUCU